UAUUCAUCUCGACAAAGCAUUACAAUACACAACACAUUCAUUACAUCUCUCACUUAUAAGAAAAAAAAUACGAGUAACAAAGAAGCAAUAAAGUGUUAUAACUAUGUCAUACUUUUUAUUAAUCUCCUUCUGUGCACUUGUGGCAGCAAUCCAUCAAGGUGAAGGGCUGGAAUGUUACAACUAUCCACCGAUAAAUAAGCAACGCACAACAACAUGUGGGAAUCUUCAGUCAUGCGGAAAUAUAAAACAAAUGAUGUACUUCAACGGGACGAUAUACAAAAAAGACAUUACUGGCUGCUUUCCAACCAUGUACUGCACAGGUAUUUGUGAGAACUUAAGAAGAAUAGCUCAACGAUUGCCACGAUAUACAUUGCUGCAAUGUCGAGUUUCCUGUUGCCAUGACAACCUCUGCAAUGUACCUACGUAAUUAAGAGCUCUGUCUAGUAAGCUGUGCUUGACACUCUGUGACGUAACUUUAAAAGCAAUAUACAACGUUUAUAAGACGGUCUCCUACAGCAACACCACACAUAGAAAGUGGAGAAGUGCUUUGCGCAUGCAGCUGUAUCGUAUACCCAGAUUCAAAUAUAAGGAAGGAUAAAAAAAAACAGAUUCUUAUGUGUAACCUUUAUUUAUUACUUUGUAAAUAUAGUAUUUUAAUAAAAAGUCAUUUUAUUAUGUUUGAGCUUGGAAGUCUGGCUCAAAGGUUGUUAGCUAUAUUCAAUGUUUUUUUUAUAAGACUUAAGGCGAUAAGAAUCACGAGGCUAAUAUCUCUACAAAUCUUUUUUCAGACUGAAUCUGUUUCUUGAUCUCGUAUAUAAUUAAAAUCAAGUGUGUUUCGCAUGUAAUUUAACAUCAAAUGCCCACAAAUCUCUUUUAAAAGGGCUACAAAAUGGGCUGCUGAUUUAGACUCUAGUGACUCACAUGAACAAAAUUUUGUAAUUUUUGACAUCGGGAAGAGAAUAUAAACAUAGCCCUGCGUAAAAUAAUCCAGAUAAAAGUGAAUUUCCAAUCAAAAAAGAAAAUGAACGAAUCGAUAAGAAUUAUCGUACUUUCCGGAAUCUGAUUGGUUGAUGACCUUCUCCGUAAGGAUCCGUUUCGAUCCAAACGAAAAGUUGAAAUCAUUUCAACUUUUAUUGCGGACAGGAACGAAAAAAUUAUAAAAACAAAAAACAAUUAGCAGAUAGUCAAGCAAAUUUAAGCAUUUUCUUAUUCCGUUCCGUUCCGUUUUGUUGUUGAGUGGAAAUUCAUUUCAAAGUAGGAAAUAAAUGCCAGAUUAAAACCUGUAUCACACAAUAGGUAUUUACAAUCUUGAAUAAAUACAUUUUUUUCAUGUACUUAUAAUUUAAUUAGUGCGACCGAGGUAUACUUGAAACCCUGAGUCAAAAUUUCUUGCGGUUUGACCCCUAUCACUUUUAAACUACUACCCUUUGUUGAGAAAAACUUGAUACCGUUUAUAUUUAUAUAUUUGGUCACGUGAUUAGUGGCUUUACGUUAGCAAUUAAAGUAAAACUGUAUUUAAGGUGUAGAGAUAUUAGUUACUGAAGACUUGUGUUAAUCCAAAUAUCUACAUUAUGAGUGGUUAAUCCAGGUAAUUAUUUAUAGAGCUCCAAAAUAAACACAUUUUUUGUCGCCAUAAUGCUGUUCCUUCACAACAAAGUAGUAGGAGACAUGAUAAGUCUUCUAAAACAUCGCAGCUCACGUACUCUGGACUCAUAAAAAAUUACAGAGUGAUGGCAGAAAAAAUAAGUAAAUACGUAGCUUUAAAUUAUUAUAUGUAAACCAGAACUUUGAAUUAAUUUAGGCAGUAUCCUUAGAACAGAAUGGCGCUGUAAGAUAAACAAAUGAAUACAUUAUUACAGUUGGCUAGAGAUCAAAGGGAUAGCAGUGAGUUCAUUAUAACUUCAGCAGGAAAAAAGUGUCAACAUAUUCAGUGUGUGACCGACAUAUUUCCUAGCUAUAUGAAGAAGCUUACAGAUUGUUAACGAAACGAUCGGUGAUCAACGAAUAGUAGUAUGAAACUAGUCGUUAACCCGUGGAAAAAUCCGCAGGAUCGCCCGUCCUUUGAGUUUCACAGUAUUCGUGUGCGGGUAGCACGACUAUUUUUUCAUGCCGACAAGCGUACAGAAUACGCCUAUUAUUAAUAUUAAAA